GAGCACAACUUCAACAGUAGGAGACCAACCUAAAGCUUUGUCACUGACAGUAGCGGACGUGUACUGAGCCUCGCGCGUAACUCGCGCAGUCCCUCGGGCGCAUUUCAUGGAAAUCUAUAGAUGACGACCUGCACGCUGCGGGUUGCUCUCGGCAUCUACUGGGAUCUCUAACGUGGAACAUGGCGAGAGGGAUGAGAGGAGCUCAUCUCCUCGCUAUAUUUUUUACAUUUUUAGUAACACUUUUCAGGAACGCAGAUGCACAAGGAACUUCUAAUGACUUAACAGGUUUUAGUUUGAGUCCUCCGUAUUUCAACCUCGCUGAGGGGUCUAGUAUCUCUUCCACAGCAACCUGCGGUCAGGAUGCGGCUGGGACACCGACGUAUGAAUUAUACUGUAAGCUUGUCGGAGGCGCGACCACCGGACAUCCUAAUCAAAAUAUACAGGGUCAGUAUUGUGACUACUGCAACUCCGUUGACCCAAACAAAGCCCACCCAGUGACCAACGCGAUCGAUGGGACAGAGCGGUGGUGGCAGAGCCCUCCUCUCUCCAGGGGACUGGGCUACAACGAGGUGAAUGUUACCCUGGACCUUGGGCAGCUCUUCCAUGUGGCAUACAUCCUCAUCAAGUUUGCUAAUUCACCUCGACCUGACCUCUGGGUGCUGGAGCGCUCUGUAGACAACGGGAGAACCUUCAUACCUUGGCAGUAUUUUGCACAUUCAAAGCGUGAGUGUAUUGAAAUGUUUGGAAAGCAGCCCAAUGCUCGUAUAGUACAUGAUGAUGACCAGCUCUGCACCACAGACUACUCUCGGAUCGUGCCUUUGGAGAACGGAGAGAUUGUGGUGUCUCUGGUCAACGGUCGACCAGGGUCCAAAAACUUCACCUACUCGCCAGUGCUGCGAGACUUCACAAAGGCCACCAACAUCCGCCUGCGCUUCCUCCGCACCAGCACCCUGCUGGGCCACCUCAUCUCUAAGGCCCAGAGAGAUCCCACCGUCACACGCAGGUAUUACUACAGUAUCAAAGACAUCAGCAUCGGUGGACGCUGCGUUUGUCACGGGCAUGCACAGGUGUGUGGCGGGGGUCGAGACCAGGGCAACCCAAACAGACUCCAGUGCGAGUGCCAACACAACACAUGCGGGGAGUCGUGUGACCGCUGCUGCCCAGGCUUCAGCCAGAAACCAUGGCGUGCCGCAACUGUUGACAGCCCCAAUGAGUGUCUUCCCUGCCAGUGUUUCUCCCAUGCCUUCGACUGUUAUUACGACCCAGAGGUGGAAAAGAGGAGAGCAAGUUUAGACACCUUCGGCAGGUACGACGGAGGAGGAGUGUGCAUCAACUGCCAGCACAACACUGAUGGAGUGAACUGUGAGCGAUGCCUUGAAGGUUUCUUCAGACCUUUUGGAGUUCCUUCAGAGUCUCCCACUGGAUGUAUACCCUGCAGGUGUGAUGAAAGGACUACAGCCGGCUGUGAAAUGGGGUCUGGAAGAUGUAUCUGCAAGCCACAAUUUGCUGGAGAAAACUGUGAGCACUGUGCUGACGGACACUACUACUACCCUCAGUGCAUUCGAUAUCCCGUAUACCAGGCGACCACCAAAUCCCCUGCAGGACCUAUUGUGGGCCCCACCGCUUGCCCUGCGGGUUAUUUUGGCUCACCCAGCUGUCAGCAGUGUAUAUGUGACUACAGAGGGACAUCGCACGGGGUGUGUGACGCUUCAGGCCGCUGCCUGUGCCGCCAGGGUGUGGAGGGGCAGCACUGCGAACGCUGUCGACUAGGAUACUACUCCUUCCCAAACUGCGAGGCAUGUGUCUGUGACGGGGCUGGCGUGUCUGACACCGUGUGCAGUCCAAGUGGCCAGUGUAUUUGCUUUCCCAACUUUGCGGGGCAGCAGUGUGACGAAUGUGCACCAGGCUUCUAUGGAUACCCAGACUGUGCUGUCUGCCAGUGCUCUCCGGAAGGCUCAUCAUAUGGCAGCAUAUGCAACCCACUGUCCGGUCAGUGUCUGUGUCUCCCCGGGGUGGUGGGCCAGCAGUGUGACCGCUGUGCUUCUGGACUCAGGUUCCCCCAGUGCUCAGCCCCCAUCAUUGCAUGUAACUCCACAGGAACUGAGGUCACUGACCCUCAAACGGGCUCCUGCCGCUGCCUAGAGAACGUAGAAGGAACCCUGUGUAACAGGUGUAAACCUCUCUACUGGAAUCUAGCUACAGGAAACCCUCGUGGCUGUAUAGAGUGUCGGUGUGAUGUGAAAGGGACCCUCAGUGGUGUUGGAGAGUGUGAACAGAAUAACGGAAAGUGUCACUGUAAGCCCAACGCAUGUGGACAUGUCUGUGAAACCUGUAAGGAUGGAUACUUCCUGCUGCAGAAAAAGAAUUAUUUUGGCUGUCAAGGUUGUCAGUGUGAUGUAGGUGGUGCCAUCGGCAUGUCGUGCGAUGAGUCAUCAGGACAAUGUUGGUGUCGGAAGAAUGUUACUGGCCGCGAAUGCACUGAGCCAGCACCAAGCUACUAUUUCCCCACUCUCCACCAACUGAAGUUUGAGGUCGAGGACGGCACCACGCCAAAUGCCAGACCAGUGCGCUUUGGUUAUAGCCCCCAAGAGUUCCCAGACUUCAGCUGGAGAGGUUAUGCUAUAAUGUCUCCUGCACAGAGGGAAGUCAGAAUAACAGUACAUGUUGACCCAAAAGAUGGGAGGCAGCACUUAUUCCGUGUGGUUCUGCGGUUCACUAACCCGAGCAGCACCAGUGUGACUGGUAGCAUCAAGGCUACAGAUAACAAAGACAGUGCAGGGUCAGAUCAGAGCAAGGAAGUAAUAUUCCCUGAGAGUCCGUCCCCAUCCUUCCUCACUGUCCCAGGAGAAGGCUUCGCCGAGCCCUUUGCAUUGACCCCUGGGAAGUGGAUCAUUCACAUAAAGGCAGAGGGGGUUCUGUUGGACUAUUUAGUGCUGCUGCCCCAGGAUUACUAUGAGGCACCUUUGCUGCAGGAGAAGAUCACCCAGCCCUGCACAUACUUGCCCGCUGCAAGCAGAGAUACAAACUGCUUGUUGUAUAAGCAUGUGGCCAUGGAUGGCUUCAGCUCUACACUGGGCUCAGAAGGACAACUCUCCAACCGCAGCGGGCGCAGGAGGAGGCAGGCUCGUGUUCGCCGUCCCACGCCAGAUCACCCAGAGAUGGCCGCUCUCAGUGGCAGACAGACGCAGCUACAACUCAGUCUACGUGUGCCUCGUCCUGGCCUAUAUGCACUUGUCCUGGAGUAUGCCAGUGAGGUGGAUGCUGUCCAGAAUGUCAACAUACUCAUCAGUGGCCAAUCAGGUGGCCAGAUCCCCGCCAGGGCCAAUAUUUACAGUUGUGCCUACAGCUUUUUGUGCCGGAGUGUGGCAGUGGACAGCAGUAAUCGGGUGACAAUGUUGCAGUUUACUCACAAGACAGAUGUUCUUCUGCAAACAUCCACUGCAUCAUUCCUGCUGUAUAAAGUGUAUGCAGUCCCUGCAGAAGAGUUCUUCAUCGAAUACGUACACCCCAAGGUGCUGUGUGUCUCCACUCAUGGCCGAUUCUCUGAGGACACCCGGCACUGCAUUCUGAGGCAGUUCGACAAGCCAACCUCAGCCUGGAUUUUGUCUGCUGCCCAUGAUGGACAGCUUUCCGCGGCACCAGCUGUUUCUCCCCAACGAGGAGAGAAUGAGGACUGGAGACGGAGGAGACAGAGCGGGGUGUUCCCUCUCCGAGAACCUCAGAGUGAUGGGAUACUGCUUAAAUACCCUCAGACGAAGAUCACUUUCACUCCCAAGGUGCCCGUCCAGGACAGAUAUAUGAUUGUGGUGCAUUACCGCCAGCCUGAACAUACUUCAUUUCCAGUAGAGAUCCUAGUGGACGUAGGGCGUGAGUGGAAGGGUUCAAUAAAUGCAUCCUACUGCCCGGCCGUCUCAGGCUGCAGGGAGGUUGUGAUCGCUGAUGGGCGUAUUGCCCUCGACUUUGACCAGAAUUCUUGGCAGCUGCCCACCAUCACUGUGAUCGUGCCACCUAAGAAGACACUUAUUCUGGAUUAUAUCAUGUUGGUUCCCGAUAGCAGUUACACCCCUGAUCUCCUGAGGGAGAAGCCGGUGGGUAAAUCAGCAGAUUUCAUUCAGCAGUGUAGAGGAGAAGGCUUCUAUAUUGACCCGAGAACAUCUCCCCAGGUCUGCAGAGACUCUGCCCGCUCUCUUGUAGCAGCCUAUAAUAACGGAGCUCUGCCCUGCAAUUGUGACAAGACUGGCUCUACAGGAACCACAUGUGAUCCGAAUGGAGGACAGUGUCCCUGCAGGCAGCAUGUCAUCGGUCGACAGUGCACAAAGUGCGCCACGGGAUAUUACGGCUUCCCCUACUGCAGACCGUGUGAGUGUGGCCGCCGACUGUGUGACGAGGUGACAGGACGCUGUAUCUGCCCACCUCAGACAGUCAAACCAGCCUGCGAUGUGUGUCAGAGUCAGACUUUCAGCUAUCACCCAUUACUUGGCUGUGAGGGCUGUGAAUGCUCUCUAAAUGGCAUCAAAGAAAACGCAGGGCCUGAGUGUGACCGAACCACCGGGCAGUGCAGUUGCAAGCCGAGGAUUGCUGGCCGUCAGUGUGAUCGCUGCGCUCCAGGUUUUUAUCGCUUCCCUGACUGUGUGCCUUGUCAGUGUAAACAAGGUGGUGUCACACCUGAAAUCUGCCACCCCGACACGGGGAGGUGUCUCUGCAAGAGAAAUGUUGCUGGAGUCAAGUGUGAUACCUGUCGGGAUGGUUCCUUCUAUUUUGACCCCUCCAAUCCUCAUGGCUGCACCAGCUGUUUCUGCUUCGGAGCGACUGACCAGUGUCAGAGCUCCAGCAAGCGCAGGGGGAAGUUUGUUGAAAUGCGGACCUGGCGUUUGGAAAGCCCCGACAAGGAGGAGGUUACCUCUGUGCUGAACACAGCCAGUAACACAGUGGUGGCAGACAUCCAGGAGCUUUCCCCCACAGUUCAGACUCUACACUGGGUGGCACCAUCGGCUUACCUGGGAGACAGGGUUUCAUCUUACGGUGGUUUCCUCACCUACCAGUCUAAAUCAUUUGGGAUUCCCAGUGAGGGGAUGACCCUCAUGGAUAGGAGGCCUGAUGUUGUGCUGAAUGGUCACAAUAUGACGCUGAUCCACAUGUCUCCACAAGUCCCACUUCCAGACAGGCUAUAUCAGGGCAGAGUCCAGCUCGUGGAGGGAAACUGGCGUCAUGCUAUCACCAACAGGCCUGUCUCCAGAGAGGAACUGAUGAUGGUUCUAGCCGGUCUGGUCGGUCUGAGGAUCCGAGCCUUGUACUUUACUCAGAGCCAGAGACUCAGCUUAGGGGAGGUGGGCCUGGAGGGUGCGACCGACACAGGGACUGGAGGUCCUGGAAACACUGUGGAAGAUUGUUCCUGCCCCCCUCAGUACACCGGAGACUCCUGUGAGAAAUGUGCUCCUGGCUACUACAGAGAUGGCAGUGGGUUUUUCCUGGGGCGCUGCGUGCCCUGUGAGUGCAACGGUCUGGCUGAUGAGUGUGAAGACAGGACAGGGAGAUGCCUGAACUGUCAGUCCAACACGGCUGGGAACCGAUGUGAACGCUGCAAAGAAGGUUACUAUGGAAACGCGGCUCAGAGGACAUGCAGAGUUUGCCCGUGCCCAUUCAGCGCAAACAAUUUUGCAAUAGGUUGCAAAGAGUUCUUUGGAGACUUUGAGUGUAUCUGCAGAGCAGGCUACAGUGGAGACAAAUGUCAGAAAUGUGCUCCUGGUUACUAUGGUGAUCCACUGUCACUAGGAGGACGUUGUCGGCCCUGUAAUUGCAAUGGCAAUAGCAACAACUGUGAUUCCAAAACUGGAGUUUGCAAGAACACCCUGGAGCCGGGAGACACCAACACAGAUGAGCACUGCAAAGACUGUGAUAAUUGUGCCCAGACUUUACUGAACGAUCUGGAGAAGCUGGAUGAUGAGAUGGGAAGGAUCAAGACUCAACUGGACAACGCCACUACCAGCGCCGCCUCUCAGGAGACGCUGAAGAAGCUGGACAAGGCGGUGUCAGACACCAAGAUUCUUGUCAAGAAAUUCAGCACUGCCGUCAACACCCAAAAGUCCAGAGUCAACAAACUGGAAGAGGACGUGAGCACUCUCUCAGAUGACAUCAACUCCCUCAAAAACAAGGCAGAUAAGAAGGCUUCUGAAGCUGAGAAGGCGGUGGUAGAUGUUGGAAAAACCCACAAGAGGGCUAAAGAUCUGGACGCAGAGAUUCGUAGCAUGCUCAAGAAAAUCCAAGCUCUGCUGGACCAACUCAAGGAGGCAGGCACCAGUGGUGAUAUGGUACCCAGUGAAGACCUAGCUAAAUUGAUAGAAGAUGCCCAGCGCAUGGUGAAGACGAUGCAGGAUAGGAACUUCACCCCUCAGGAGACAGCAGCCGAGAAAGAAAGAGACGAGGCCAAGAAACUGCUAGACCACAUUAAGAAUAAUGUAAGUAAGCAGUGUGACCAGAACGAGGCAGCAGCAGAGAAGCUUCGGGGUCUUCUGAAGGGAUAUGAGGACAAACUGAAGGACCUGGAUAAGGCUCUAAAGGAGGCGGUGGACCUGCUGAAAAAAGCCAACACCCAGAACGGACUUAAUUCUCAGGCACUGGGAGAGCUGCAGAAACGUAUUAACGACUUAACAAAGGAGCGGGCAGUCGUCGCGGACCAAAUAGACAUGGCGGAAAAAGAGCUGCAGAAAACAGAGGAUUUGGUGCAAAAGCUAUCUGACAGCAAACUGGAAUAUGAACAGCUGGCAGCACAGCUGGAUGGUGCCAAGACUGACUUGACUAAGAAGGUGAAUGAGAUUGCAAAGGCUGCAGCCAAGGAGGACAUUGUGGAGGCUGCAGAGGAGCAUGCUAAAAAGCUUACCAAGCUGGCAAAGCAACUUGAGGAUGCUGUGAAGGACGCAAGUGGACGAUCUGAGGUGCGUGACGCCAAAGAUGCAAUUGAUGCCUACAAAAAUAUAACAGAUGCAAUUAAUGCGGCUGAGAAGGCAGCCAACGAGGCCAAAGAUGCUGCCCAAAACGCCUUAGACAAUGUAGAAGACCAGGACCUCAAAGGGAGAGCAAAAGCCCUGAAAGAGAACGGCGAUGAGCUCCUGAACAAUGCAAAGGACCUAGAGAGCGAUAUUCAAGACACUCAAAAGGACCUUAACGGUGCCAAGAAGCGCCUGAAGGAUGCUGACAAGAAGAAGAAAGCUCUGCAGAAUGACCUGCUAGAUGCCCAGAACCAACUAAAUAACAUUAACAGAGAUGACAUUGGUGCCAUUAUUGAUGAAGCCAAGAGGAAGGCAGCUUCAGCCAAUAACACGGCUAGCGACACUAUGGACAAACUGAAUAACAUGAAAAAGGAUAUCAGCAACAUCAAAGUGGCUUCUGGGGGUGGUAACCUGGACAAUUUAUUGAAUGAUGUGGACAAGUCAGUGAAGGACUUGCUGAAAACAAUCCCAACUCUGGAUGAUAAGAUCUCAGAGGUAGAGAACCUGACCUCGCAGUUCCCCGUUGGCAACAUAUCUGAGAACAUCAAUAAGCUCAAAGACCUCAUUGAACAAGCCCGCGAUGCAGCAAACAGGAUUGUGAUUCCGAUGAACUUCAGAGGUGAUGGCCACGUGGAGUUGCGUGCGCCAAAGAAUCUGGAGGACCUGCAGGCCUACACAGCCAUGUCUCUGUCGCUGCAGAGACCUGAUGGCACUGGAAGGGGUGAUGGAAGACGCAGACGCAGACGCAGACAGACCGCAGACGACAUGUUUGUGUUGUACCUUGGCAAUAAAGAUUCUUCUAGUAACUACAUCGGGAUGGUUCUGAGGUCCAACGUACUGUACGGUGUGUACAAGCUCAAUGGACAAGAGUACGAGAUGAGAACAGAUACCAUCACCAAGUCUUCAUCUGAGCAAUCCAAGUUCGAUAGAGUGGACCUACGCAGAAUUUACCAAGAUGCAAAGAUGAUCCUCUCCAAAGAUGUCACGUCAUCUGAUCCCAGUAAGCCAAUUGAGAUUACCAAGCAAGGACAAGAGAGCCAGAACCUCUUGGACCUCAAUCCCGCUGAUGUUGUUUUCUACGUUGGAGGCUACCCCAGCGACUUCACUCCACCACCUUCUCUAAAACUCCCCAAGUACAAGGGCUGCAUUGAGUUCUCCUCUUUCAACCACAAAGUGGUCAGUCUCUACAACUUCCAAGUGGCAGAAAACAUCAAUUUGGAGGCUGUGUGCAAGAGAUAUGUACCUCCGGAGGAUUCUAGCUUCUAUCAAGGCACAGGAUAUGGCAAAGUGUUAAUAGAAAAUUUAAAUAGUAAUCAUCUCAUCACCGAAAUGACGGUCUUGUCUCGUUCAGAAAACGGUCUGCUCUUUUACACAGAGGCUGAGGAUAUAUACGUCAUGGCAACGAUAGAGAAGGGCUUCGUUGUGCUACAUAGUAAUGGGCUCGCUGCACCAACUACAUUAAAGGACAAAGUAUUCCCGACUAAUGACUGGACAUCAUUCCGAAUCAUUAUUUCAGCGAAGUCAGUAAGGAUCCAAAUAUCCAAAACAGUGAAUGUGAAUGUACUCCUUACAUUAAAUUACAGUACAUUAAAAGAGUACUAUGUUGGUGGUGCUCCACAAGACUUGAGGGAACAACAUAACAUCACUAUGCAGCCAUUCAAAGGAUGCAUAAAGGGUAUAAAGCUGGAUAGAGACUUUAAAGAUGUUGACGUUGAAGUUGGCAUCAGCAAAGGCUGUCCUGAAGAUGCCUUGGUUUCUCGUAAAGCAGAGCUCACGAAAGGGAGCUCUCUGUCAGCUGACCUCCAAGGUUUUAGCCUGGCCAAUGACUUUACCGUCUCCCUCGGAUUCAAGAGCACAGAGAAUCAGGGUCUCAUCUUGCAAGACAAACAGGCGACUAAUGGAAUUAAUCUUGAAAUGGACAAUGGCCAUGUUGUACUCAGUUUCAAUGACAAAAAAUGGAAAUCAAACAAACAAUAUCAUGAUGGCAAGUGGCACUAUUUGACCGCAACGCAAAGAAGUGGAAGCAUGGAGCUGCUUAUUGAUGACAUCGACAAGGCUAACCUGCAGAGCGGCAGCACUUCCAUUCCUGACACAAAAGGCUCCCUGAUCCUGGGAAAAGAGACGUUCAGAGGCUGCGUUUCCAACCUCUACACAAGACGGCCGGCCAAUCUGUACAAGGCUGAGGACCUCAGCACCUUCACGUCUUCCGGCGAGGUCUUCCUGGAUGUGUGUACUGCUGACACUCUUGCUCAACUGAUGACGGACCGGUCUUUUAAGAAGGAAGUUGUGAUGCAGGCAAUAAAUGAGAGUCUAUCACCCUGUGCGUUACCAGCCCUGGUUCAAAAUGCUUAUCGCAUCGGUGGCCCUGCCAGCAGUCUGACCUACAGCCUUCUACUGCAGGUCCUGCAGCCCAAGCCUCACUUUUCUCUGGAUGUCAAGACUCGAGCUCCUGAAGGCCUGCUGUUCUUUGCUACUACCAGAGGAGGGCGCUCUCAUCUUGCUUUAUACAUAUCCAAAGGCAGGAUCAGACUGUCUGUAGGCAAACAGAAGGAGAUCUUCAACAGGGAGAAGUACAAUGAUGGAAAGUGGCACUCGGUCAUAUUCAGUUUGGAGAAGAAGAAAUUUCGAUUGGUUGUUGAUGGGAUCAGAGCCCAGGAUGGUCAGCUGACAAGCGCUGAGUUGACAUCCAUGCGGCAGUUUGUGUCACCUGUGUCCCUGGGCAGUGCUCCAGAGUCUCUUCACAAAGAGCUGAAGUCUAAGAGCCUACCGAAGCAGAGUGUGUCCGGCUGUAUCCGCAAUUUUAAAAUGAAUGGAGCACCGAUGACAAAUCCAGCCACAAUCCAAGGUGCUGGUCCCUGCUUCGAGGGACAGACACAAAGAGGCGCUUAUUUCUCAGGGAAUGGAGCACAUGUCAUUAUCAAUGAAUCCUUUGUUGUGGGCUCCGGCUUUGAGCUGUUGCUUAAUAUUCGUCCUAGAAAUCUGACUGGACUCCUGCUACAUGUCGGUGACUUCAGCAGGAACCAUUAUGGACCUGUGAUGGGCAACUAUCUCACCGUCUACAUGCUCAGAGGAGAGGUAGUGGCACGAGCGAACAAUGGCAAAGGGGAAUUCAUGGUGUCUGUGAAGCCAAAAACUUCUUUAUGUGAUGGAAUGUUUCAUAAAAUUUCAGUGAUCAAGAGGAAAAAUGUUGUGCAGCUGCAUGUGGACACAGUGGAUAAUUACAAGAUCGGACCACAAUCUUCCAUUACAACUUUGACCAAAGACUCUCUGUAUGUGGGUGGCAUUCCUGCGACGUCAAUGCAACAGAUGCUCCCUGUCACAUCGUCCUUUGUGGGAUGCAUCCAGGACAUGAGGAUCGACAGCGAACCGGUUUCUUUCGACAGGCUGUCUGGUGUAUUCGGUCCGGUCAACCUCAAAGAGUGUCCAGGCUGAUCGUCAUCACGUCUCACUGCGUCAUCAUGAAACAAACCUUGGGACCACGUCCACUGCCAACCAUGUGCAAUCUGUUACCAUGACAGAGAAUGUGUUUGUAUGUAAGAAUGUAUAUUUUAUGAGGAGUGUGUUUCAGUGUGAGUGUGUGUCUGUGAGUCUGUGUGUAAAAUAGAGAUAUGAGCAGCAGCUUACAGGUUCAUCAUAUUUGCUGCUCGGUUAAACAUUUCUGUAUUUAUUUUGUGAUUAAAUCAUGUAUCAGGGCACCAAUUUACAUAAUCGAACAGUUGUUUUACAGUCUGAUGUGUUGGUCUAUUCAUUUUCCGUUGACAAUCAAAUGCUACUGAAUAUGCUUGUGAUUGGUCGGGCUGCAGUAGGAGCAACCCAGCACUUUAAGAAAACAAAUAAUGCCUUUUGUGAUGGUGCUUUAAUAGAGAUCAACAUUAUUAGUUGAUUUUUGUUGUUUUUUUUGUUUGUUUGUUGGAAAGUUUAUACUAAAAUAAUUAAGUUUACACCCAGGGUGCUCAAUUCAGAGAAAUUUCAGGAGCUGCCUAGCUGUUUGAUAUUCAUAACCACAUGCCAGCCUCUAGAAUUCUGCAUUUAAACUGGUUUAAUAGACAUGGAGUCUUCACAAAGGCCAUGAAAUCACACGGUUUUCCCUCCAUAUACUGUAUUACUGUUUUGAAUUAAUUUUCCAUUUUGCAUUCCUUUUCAUGCAUGUGUGGCUGCCAAUGCCAGUUACACAAGAAAACAGCAUGUACUGAAGUUUGUGGAACAUUGUCUAUGAGUUGAGAACCAUUAUAGCUUCUAAUAAGUCUCACAAUUCAUGUUUGGGACCAUAGACCCAUAUAACUAUAAUAUUGAAAGUAAUAUAAGAUAAAAACAUGUAUUUGAUGUAUUUAAACUCCCCUGCAAGUGUUUACCUAUCUGCUUUGUACAUUUGUGGGAAAAUGUGUGAUAUGAGAAAAAAUAUGCAUGAUGAUUUUUACAUGCAUUCCUGUCUUGUGACCACUGAUUUGUAAGCCAUUUUGUAAUGAAUGCUCUUUAUAUAUACUUCUCAGUGCCAUUACUAGGUCUUUUGAUGUAUUGAAACAUGCAUUUUCACAGAUAUCCGGGAUUAAAUGUUCUCUAAAUUAUUCUCAGCAAAA